CAGCCCUCAUAGCAAAGAGAGACACAAAACCAAACCACCAGUGCUUCUACAAGAGCAAGGGGCUUCCUCACUUCCAGGAGCUAGCCCCCCGAGUACACCACAUCUCACCUGAAGAUGUCUUCCGGGUCGUCGUCUCGGAGCACCUCCCCGAGCUCCGACUCGGAGUGGAGCAAGAAGGAGAACAAGAUGUUCGAGGAGGCGCUCGCCUACUAUGGCGUGAGCGCCCCCAACCUCUGGGAGAAGGUGGCCAGCGCCAUGGGGGGCACCAAGUCCGCCGAGGAGGUGCGCCGCCACUUCCAGCUCCUCAUCGACGACGUCGACAGCAUCGAGCACGGCCGCAUCCCCUUCCCCAAGUACAAGACCCAGGGCUUCUGGACCUAAUAAAAGGAUCGAUGAAGCAGUGUAAGCCCGAGUGGACAGUGAACAAAGUUGUACAAACUAGAUCUCUUAAGAAUGGGCCGAUGUUCUAAGAGGAAGCAAGGGUAUCCAGCAUUGGUUAGAAUAACAAGGAAGGAAUGGAGUAUUGUCUAUUGUGUGGACAAAGUAUUGUUAGGCCCUGUCCAAGGUUAAGUCUGUUAAUUAGAUUCUCGUCUACAUUCAUGAACUGCAUGUUGUUAAUUAUCCCGUGGAACCAAGUCGUCAAAUAAAAUGUCAUGUAAACUCAUGUGUUUGUGUUAUUUGUAAGAAGUUGUACCUGUAGCAAUUUGUCGUCUCCAAUAUCUGGUUUAGCUGGCCACCAUGUUCUGUUUGGACUCCA